CUUUUCUUCCUCAAAUCAUACAAGAGUUAAGAUAAAAAAUAUCUGAAAUCAGCUAUGGAGAUAAUUUUUAACGGUAAACGAGCUCUUGUAACAGGGGCUGGCAAAGGAAUUGGACGGGAUAUUGCCAAAGCCCUGGUGAGAUGCGGAGCUGAUACUGUGGCUGUUUCCCGUACUCAAGAGGAUCUAGACAGUCUAAAGAAGGAGAUUCCAAGUAUACAAACAGUCCAGGCUGACCUGAGCGACUGGGAUGGGUCGAGGAAGAUCUUGGAGACUGUUGGGCAUGUGGAUCUCCUUGUCAACAAUGCAGGUGUUUCUAGAACUGGGCCCUUCUUUGAGGUCACCAAGGAUGAUUGUGACUUUGUGUAUGAUGUCAACAUCAAGUCAGUCAUCAAUGUAUCCCAGGUGUUUGCUAAAGGAAUGGUAGACAGUGGCAAGGGAGGUGCAAUUGUCAAUGUGUCGAGCGUGGCAUCCCAGGUGGCUCUGCAGAACCAUACUGUGUACUGCUCGUCUAAAGGUGCUGUCGACAUGCUCACCAAGGUGAUGGCCCUGGAGCUGGGACCAAAGAAGGUCCGUGUGAAUGCAGUGAACCCAACUGUCGUCAUGACAGACAUGGGCAAGUACGCCUGGAGUGACCCCCAAAAGUCCGGGCCCAUGUUGGCAAGGAUACCACUUGGCAAAUUUGUAGAAAUUGAGGAUGUCGUCAAUGCCGUGCUGUUCCUGCUCAGUGACAAGGCUGCCAUGAUAAACGGGAGUCUGCUUCCUAUCGAUGGCGGCAUCCUGGCCAACUGACAGUGACCAGUGAGACAAACCAAUGACUGUGAGAUGUACAGUCAUUGGUUGAAGAAUCGGGCGGUGAAGGACAACCAAGAAUAUGUUAUCCAGAAUUUAAUGAAUAAUGGUUUGGGUUUCAGAACAAAACUAGGUUCUGAGGUGGCAGCAUUAAUACAUUGUAUACUCAGGCUCAUUAUUGAUGGGGCACAUAAAUAAUGAGCGAUAAAUGUUUAAAAAAAUAUAUUACAUUUUCAACUUCCAAGAGAGCAGUUCAGUUCUGGAAUGAACCAUUUUAUACCCACAUUGACUGUUACUUGUCAUGCAUUGCACUGCAUGGGCUAAAUCACUGGUUGUGUUCUGGCCUGUGUUUUGGGUAGCUUUUUCCAUCACCUUCAAUCUUGUACUUUUCAUUGUUUUUAAAGGUCAUUGUCCAUUUUUCCAGUUUCAUGAAAGCAUCCAGUCAGUGUGGCGUAUGCAUGAACAACAUGGUAAUCACAUUGUCAACAUACUCAGAUGUAUUGAGGCUUGUUGGUAUAUGUUCAUGUUUGACUGGCCCAGUCGUCUAAGGCCAUUUGUGCAGAGUCUAUUCACUGUGCAGAGAUGUAUCCCUUGGGCAUGCCAGAAAUCUAUGAUUUGUGUAUUUAAAUCCUGGUUUG